AUGCCUCCCAGGAUACCCGUUAAGAUGGGCUUUAAGCCCGCGCUGCCCGUAGUGCGCGCGCUCUCAUCAACGGUGCAGCCCAAGAACCCCCGCGGCACCCGAAACAACACAGCCACCAACCUCCUCUCCCUCGACGAAGCCCCCAAACGCUCCUCGCCCCAGAAAGCCCGCGCCCGCACCUCCACCGAAGAGAUCCAGCGUCUCAUCUCCCGCACCGACGAGCGCUACUCCCGCAUCAAGUCCCAGCGCGCCGACAUCCAGCAGCGCCUCGAGGCCCAGCGCAUAAGCGACGAGUACCUUGCCCAGAUGCCACGACACUGGCGCGAGGGCGACGUCUUCACGCCCCAUGACCUGUCCGGGAACGAGAUGAAGAAGUGGAGGAGGAAUGCGCCGAAGACGGUGGAUGUGUUUGAUGUGACAGGGGUAAAUCCUUUGGAUCAUUAUAGGGUGAGCUUUUCUUCUUACGCCCCCGUCCCCAAGACGUGGUGUGACUGGUCAAGGCAAUGCGUGGCUGACUCCCUUGGGGUAGAACUUUACCUUGAUUUCCGACUUUACUUCGAGUAUGGGCCAGAUUCUACACUCAAAUCAGACUGGCCUCCGACCUCCAAACCAACGCAAGAUCGCCAAAGCUAUCCGAAGGGUAAUGGGUAUGGGUCUUCAUCCUAG